GCAAAGGUUGGAGGGGAGGGGCCGCCAUUCACAUUCCCGGAAGAGGUGCGCGUGUGCAGAGGAGGAGGAAAAAGAGAAAACAAAUAGGAUUUCCUCCCACCUUCGCCCUCCAAAGCAGACAAUGGAGAAGGCAGUCAGAACUCUCUAGGGCCAUGUUCAAUGGAAAUAACGAAGAAACCAUUUAAAUACAUGGAGUGUGAACAGAGAAAGGAGAAACAAUUUGAAAGUAUGGAGUUUGGGAAGAGCUUCAGUGACAGUAGAACCAUAACAAAACAUCAACAGACUCACAUUGAGGAGAAAACAUUUAAAUGUAUGGAAUGUGGAAAGAGCUUCAGUCAGAGUGGAAACCUUAGAAUUCAUCAACGGAGUCACACGGGGGAGAAACCAUUUAAAUGCAUGGAGUGUGGAAAGAGCUUUAGUCAGAGUGGAAACCUAAGAAUUCAUCAACGGAGUCACACGGGGGAGAAACCAUUUAAAUGCAUGGAGUGUGGAAAGUGCUUCGGUCAGAAUGGACACCUUAGAAUUCAUCAACGGACUCACACGGGGGAGAAACCAUUUCAAUGCAUGGAGUGUGGAAAGAGCUUCAGAAAGAGUUGGGACCUUAGAAUUCAUGAACGGACUCACACGGGGGAGAAAUCAUUUAAAUGUGCGGAAUGUGGAAAGAGCUUCAGUGAGAAUGGAAACCUUAGAAUUCAUGAACGGACUCACACGGGGGAGAAACCAUUUCAAUGCAUGGAGUGUGGAAAGAGCUUCAGUCACAGUGGAAGCCUUAGAAUUCAUCAAUGGACUCAUACAGGGGAGAAACCAUUUCAAUGCAUGGAGUGUGGAAAGAGCUUCAGUCACAGUGGAAGCCUUAGAAUUCAUCAACGGAGUCACACGGGGGAGAAAUCAUUUAAAUGUGCGGAAUGUGGAAAGAGCUUCAUGCAGAGUGGAGUCCUUAGAACUCAUCAACGGACUCACACGGGGGAGAAACCAUUUCAAUGCAUGGAGUGUGGAAAGAGCUUCAGUCACAGUGGAAGCCUUAGAAAUCAUCAACGGAGUCACACGGGGGAGAAACCAUUUCAAUGCAUGGAGUGUGGAAAGUGCUUCAGUCAGAGUGGAAACCUUACAAUUCAUCAACGGACUCACACGGGGGAGAAACCAUUUCAAUGCGUGGAGUGUGGAAAGAGCUUCAGACAGAGUUGGGACCUUAGAAUUCAUGAACGGACUCACACGGGGGAGAAAUCAUUUAAAUGUGCGGAAUGUGGAAAGAGCUUCAAUCAGAAUGGAAACCUUAGAAUUCAUGAACGGACUCACACGGGGGAGAAACCAUUUCAAUGCAUGGAGUGUGGAAAGAGCUUCAGUCACAGUGGAAGCCUUAGAAUUCAUCAACGGAGUCACACAGGGGAGAAACCAUUUCAAUGCAUGGACUGUGGAAAGUGUUUCACAGAGGGUGGAAGCCUUAGAAUUCAUCAACGGAGUCACACGGGGGAGAAACCAUUUAAAUGCAUGGAGUGUGGAAAGAGGUUCAGUCAGAAUGGACACCUUAGAAUUCAUCAACGGAGUCACACGGGAGAGAAACCAUUUCAAUGCAUGGAGUGUGGAAAGUGCUUCAGACAGAGUGGAGACCUUAGAAGACAUGAACGGACUCACACGGGAGAGAAACCAUUUCAAUGCAUGGAGUGUGGAAAGUGCUUCAGUAAGAGUGGAAACCUUAAAAUUCAUCAACGGACUCACACG